GCUUGGAGGGAAGGAAAUGAAGGGUUAGCGGCCUUUAUGGCUGACAAAGUCACAGGUUUCAACAAAACUUCUCAUGGUAAACAUUUUCAGCGAGAGACGCUGGCGACUAAGCUUCUUGACAUUGGCAAAUCACUUUUGAGAAGUUGCUAUCAGGAUAACAAAUUGACACCAGAAGAAAGUAAGGCUAACGAGGCUAUUCGAUGGAUGCAGAAGGCGUUUUCCGUCAUCGAGCCUCUGGAUUGUACGGCCAAUGCCGGGCUCGCUGAGCUCAAGAUCGGCCCCCUAUUAGCCCGUGGCUACUUCUUGUCAUCAUCCCAGGAUCCAGAGAAUUUGAUCAGAGCGGAAACCGCGCUAGAAGAAGUUAUUGCAACUAUCGAUUCUUCUGUAGACAACGUAAGCUCCGAAUACCAGCAACUCCGAUGGAUGAAGUUGGCUGUCAUAAAGCGGCGGAAAGCUGGAGAUACUGUUCUUCUUCAAGCUUUACAAGCCAUCAUUGACAACCUGACAUAUUCAGAAAGCAAUCUUACCGAUGUUCUUUUGAUUCAAUGUGGGCGUAGCCAAUUAGUCACGAGUACAAUUCAGUACUGCCUUCAUCGUGCCUUGCAGUGCUCUUGGAGCCCAGACGCCGUGGAAAGGCUUCUCAUAUCUCUCAUAUUCCAUUGUUCCAAAGAUGACAAACACGACAGAGCCAUACAAGAUCUGCAUGCAUCUUUCAAAGGCAGGUCUUGUUCUAACUUUCUUUUAUGGCAAUACGGUGAUCGCCAUUACCAUGCGGGGCGAUGGAACGAAGCUGCGGAUUGGUUCACCUGUGGCACACAUUCUAUAUUUACAAGUUUAGGCCCUGUCAGCAGCUCAAAGUGUUUUCGGAAGGCUGCCCUAGCGCAUCUUAAGCAAAAGGACUACGCUCACGCGGGGUCCAUCAUCCGCCGCUGUCCUGACACAGAAGCCACGACACAAUAUGUAAAGUUUCUUAUUGCGGUUCAUCAAGCGAUAAAUACAAUACGCAAUAUGGUUCACGCCGCGAACUUCGAUCGCAAGAUGAUUUUAUUGGCCUGCCGGCUUGCACAUGACUUGGACAUGAAAAAUCUUCUUCUAAACGUGCUGAAGGCUCUUCUGGAAACGCUAAACCUCCGAGAGAACGUGGGGAACAGCACUGAAGCCAUGACAUUGGUAAGAUGUAUUACCAGGCUUAUUGUGAAACUCCUUGGAGAACCUGCUGCCGAUUUGAACCGUUUAGUGGCGGCAUUACUUCACCACCUGAACAUUGCGGUGACUAUUGCAGAAUCAUGUGAACAGCCAGCUAUGCUUUCACGAGAUGUAUCCUGGCUCUGGAGGACUGCAUAUAAUUGUGCUAUCCAAGCUUGUUCUGAUUGGGAAAACAGAGAAGAUCAAAUAUCUGACAUCUUUGACGCAGCGAGACGACUUCUCGAACUCUACGCUCUACACGCAACUGUAGACGUGGACCAAGCUAUCUAUAUUUACUUGGUGAAUGCCUCAUUUGCAUCCGCUUCGGGCCGUGAAUCGAUCGAUGUACGUCAAGAUCCUCUUUCGAAACCUUCUACUGAUUUAUUUCAGUCUGGAAAAUACCGCGAUUUGUUCAACAACAUCAAUCAAUCAUUACAACGUAUUAGCAAGGUUUUGCGAGAAGAGAAGGUAUCACAAGAAGACCUUCCUCGACUUGAAUCAUCCUUGCAGAUUUUACGAGUUUUCAUAGUCGAAGCGGCAUCUCACCUAUCAGAUUGGACCACGGUCUUGGCCACCAUUGAGGAACCAUCUCGCUCUGAUCGCGAUUCGUUGGAGACGUACGAGGCAUUCGCGGACGCUCUAUGGGAAGACAAAAACUGUCCCAUACACGUCCUUUUCACAGCGCUAGAGGCCACACUUCAUGCGUGUUUGGCCCGCGGACAUUUUUCCCUGGAGAAAUUUGCUCGUUGGCUACGAGCGAUGUGUGUUAUACUACUGACAAGAGCGACAGGUGCCGAUCGAUCCAAGGCGAUUGGUUACGUGGAUCAAGCUAUCGCUGUCCUGGAGGAGCACGGCGACGCUAGGGACGGCGGUGAACUGCUCUAUCCUCUGGACGAGCGUCAGUGGCUUCUGAGCACAGCGUACAACACUGGCCUCGAGUGUCUUCAGUCAGUGAAUAUCUCAUGGGAUGUAUGCUGA